AGAAGGAUAGGAAGGUCAUUUCCUUCAAACUUAUUCGCGUACAGUAUAUACGUACGUCGCCACGUCGGCACCACUGACGUGGAAAACCGUCGCCUCGUCACGUCGCACCCCACGCCCCCGGGAUGGAAAACCGUCGCCUCGUCACGUCGCACCCCACGCCCCUGAUCCCGGUUGACUCGUCGUUCAUGCUGGGCCAGCCCGUCGCUUGACCUAAUUCACGUCGCCCACGGUUGACCUUGUCGCCGUCGACGCCCAUGACGAUCAGCCCCCGCCGCACCCUUCUCCACAUCGCCGACGACAACACCGCCCCGUUCCGGACCACCACGUCGUCGCGGAUCACCCCGCCGCCGGCCCGUCCACGCGUUCGCCAGUACCACCCAUCUACACAUCGCCGCCUAUGACGCCGCCCCGUUCCCGGCAACCACUCUGCCGUCGACCCGUCCACGUUCACCGUUGUCGAACACCUGGCAAUCGCCACCGACGACGUCACCCCGUUCCCGACCGCCACUCCGCCACCUCGUUCCCGAUCACCAAGCCGCCGCCCCGUCAAGGAUCAUCCCCUGCCGCCGGAGUCAUCGUAGGUUUGCGACCUAAGCUGUUGAAAUAAAACCGAGUCUUAUACAAAAAUUUAAUUGUAAUUUUUUUAUAUCUUUGCUGAUGUAUAGUGCUUGACGUGUUUGAAUGGAGGAGUAAACUGGUUAUUCAAAGGAUGAGUAUGAUAUAGAUACCGGUGAUGCAACUGGUAACAGUUCUAUUAAUGAUCAUGAUUAUAAUAGCGUCAAUGAAUCAUGGUCUUCAUAUGAUAAUUUACCUUCGGAGGAUUUUCAAAAUAAUGAAGAUGAUACAUGCAGUGAAAACGAAGAUGUGGAUGUUGAGAAUGCGAAAAAUAAUAAGGAUGACUUUUUCUACGAUAAUGUAAAUCAGAAGGACAUAAAUGAUUGUAUCGAUGAUGACGGUGAAGUAGAGAUUGACAUUGCGGAGACUGAGAAGCUGGAAAAGAUGUUGGAUACGCAUUGUAAGGUUAUGGAAAUGACAUUUAAAUCCCAAGGGGAUGCGUACAUGGUUCUACAACAAUCACGCAAAAGAGCGUGGGUUCGACAUCAUGAAAGAGAAGGUGAAACGAGGAAAAGGUCCUGCAGGAAUUAUAAGGUUCAGACGGUUUGUUUGCUUCAGAGCAGGAAGACGACGGAGGAAAUUCAUAAUCAUGGAUGGCGCACCCGCAGGUUAAUGGGGGAGACUCGUUGCGAUUGCGGUGCGCACUUGGUGGUGAAACUAGAUAAAGCCCGUGGAGUUUGGUUCGUCGCGGCAUUUUUUGAUGAGCACAACCAUGACCUCGCUUGACCCGAUGAGGUGCCAUUUUUGUGAUCACAUAGACGGAUAGAUGAUUUCCAGUAGGCGGAGAUUUUAGCACUAUCAGGGAAGGGGAUCCGAAAGCACAUCAUAGUUGAUAACUUUAUCAGCAGAUACGGUUCGUAUGAUAAAUCCGGACUUGUGAGGCGUGAUGUGUACAACCUAUGUUGCAGAGAGAAAAGGAAGCUCCUUGCUAAAGGUGAUGCUGACACGGCGAUUGGUAUAAUGAGGAGUAGAAAGGAGAAAGAUUCAGACUUCUUUUUUGAGUAUAUGCUGGAUAAAGAGGGGAGAUUGAAGAGCAUGUUAUGGUGUGACGCACAGUCUAGGCGAGACUAUCAGGAUUAUGGAGACGUGGUUGUGUUUGAUAGCACGUAUAAGAUGAACAGAUACGGUAUGCCGUUCAUCCCAUUCGUCGGUGUUAAUAAUCAUCGUUGCACCACCGUGUUUGCUUGCGCCAUUGUGUCCGACGAGACCGAAGGAACCUAUGUGUGGCUGCUCGAGACCUUUCUGAAAGCAAAUUGUCAGGUAAAACCGAAAUCAGUAAUCACAGAUGGAGACGCUUCAAUGAUUCGAGCUAUUCGUACUGUUCUUUCAGAUAUUUUCCAUCGUCUUUGUUCAUGGCAUGUGGAGAAAAAUAUGCAGAGGCACCUUUAUCACAAAUCAUUUAUGGAGUUCAAAUCACUGAUUUAUUAUGCGACCUCGCGAGCCAACUUUGAGAAGAGAUGGAAUGCUUUCAUUGUUAGGUGACAGACACCUAAAACUGAACAGUGGCUUAACAGGAUGUACAGAAAGAAGACACUAUGGACAGCGUCAUAUCUUUCAGAUGGAUUCUUUCUUGGUAUGCGUAGCAAUCAGAGAAGCGAAAGUCUGAACUCCUCCCUUCAUCUCCAUUUGGACUAUGGUAUGACUAUUGUUGAUCUGGUAGUACAUUAUGAGAAUUGUAUAGAUCGCCUACGUGAGAACGAGGCGGAAGAUGAUUGCACUGCUAAUCAGUCACUUCCACCAUCAAUUACUGCAUAUAAGGCUAUUGAGGAUCAUGAUGCCCUUGUUUUCACUCCAGCUAAUUUUUAUAUUCUGCAAAAAGAUCUUUUGAAGUUGGCAGAAUUGGAGAUAUUUGAGACGCUUGUGGGAGUUCAGCGGUCUACUUAUAUUGUCACAUGGAAGAAUAAUCACAAGUUGAGGUAUGAUGUUAUAUAUGAACCAAGUAAUUUAGAUGAAACGAUAUCAUAUAGUUAUGGAAUGAUGGUUCGAAAAGGGCUGCCUUCCAAACAUAUUUUCUUUGUGCUGGUGAAUGUUCUUAAAUUGUCUGAAAUACCAAAUUGUUGUGUGCUACGUCGGUUGACGAAACAUGCGAGACAUGGAUUGCCUGCGCAGCGCAGGAGUGAUCUGUUUGGCUGGGGUUGGUCAGGAGAAGAACAACGUUCUUGGUAUAGUAGGCUUAGCAUAAAAGACGCACAAGCUUUCCAUGUUGCAUCAAAUGAUACCUUCUUGUUCGAUGAUUUGAUGAAGUGUCUCGAUAAUAUAAUAUUACAGAGAAAGAUCCCACUUGAAGAAAUAAUAGGCCAGAGAAGGUAUAAGAGGAUGAUUGGAAAUGCACCUGAAGAAAGUGGAGGUAUUAUUGGUGAUCCUCCGAAUAUAAGGUCCAAGGGUGCACCUAAAAAACCAAGAAAGGUGGUCCAGAAAUUAUGAAAAAUGAUAGACCAAAAUCUUUUAACGAAAAAUAUUUUGGUCCUUUGUGCAGCCUAUGUCACAAUCCGGGUCAUAACAAGGCAACAUGCAGUAAGAGGUACGAACGGUAGACAUGAUGCUUCAUUUGUUAAAAGAAGACAAUAUGAGACAUUUGUUAUUUCAAUAAAAUUAUGUUAUACUUGAAA